CGCCUCUCGGCGGGGUGCGGGGGCCGCGGAAUGGCUUUGGUUAGCGAAGCGCAGCGUUAGUGCGAGCGACUCUCGUCAGCGUCGGAGAACUUGGGAGCGUGUGUUUACAGCACGUCUCGGGUUUGGGACGUGCAGUUGGAUGUGGGAAGAAGGGAGAAAGCUUGUCUGCCCAUCCAGAGCAGAAACAUUAAUAACCAUAGUAAGGUUGCAAACUACCGCCUCCGCCGCCAAUAGUGACCGCAGCUGUUAACCUGGGAGCUCUUCGGUGACAUCGCUGUUCCAGGCCCCUCCCCUGCGUGGUGGAGACUUUAGAGGAGCCGCAGCCGCGUUUGACCGGCGAGGAAACGGAGAUGCAGAGAAGCCAAGUUACUUCUGGGCAGGGUUAGAAGAAAGUUGAACUCCGGAGCCAGGCUCUUAGCUGUUAGCUUUGACGCUCUCCAUGUGGGUAGUGGAGGCGGGGGCAGCGUAUACAUGCGUGUGUGCAGUUCUUAAACAUGUGGAUCAACUCUCUAGUUGGGAAUCAUUCUCUUACAAUUUUGAAAAUAACACUCUUGUCAUAGAAUACCUGGAAAAACUAGAAAAACAUUAAAUAGUGUAAUUCCAUGACCUACUAUUUAUUCUUGUGUGUGUGUGUGUGUGUGUGUGUGUGUGUGCGCGCGCGCGCAUGAAUCCAUUGAGAACCAGGAUGGCACAGCCAUGUAAUAAUGACAGUAAUAAUAUAAACAAACAUCACAAAACCAUUCUUUUUUGGCCUCGCCUAAAUGUCUGGCAUAGUCUACAUGUUCAUUAAAGCUUUGUUGCACAAAUGAAAAAAUAGGAAUAACCAGUGUAUAAUAUUUUGCCUUAGUGUUUUAUUACAUGAAUCAUGUUUAUGCAAUAUGUAUAUUACAUACUACAUAUAGCAUAUAAUAGUUGGGUUGUAAUCUGGAGACAGUAUAAGGAAAAGAUACUAAAAAUACAUAUUUAUUCAACUACAAAAACAUCGAAGUUUGUACAAGAGCUGUGUUGUCUUUCUUAUUAGGCCCUUGAAACAAGUGAGGCAGAAAUUGCCUUACAUUACUUCUUUAUCUUCAGAGCUUGUUAAAUAGUGGAAAUGCAAAAGGUAUUGCAGGUGACUGAGUGAAUGAGUACUUCUAAAUUGUAUUUAAAUUGGUAGUUGUAUCUGAGUUGUUUUUCUCUAUUUGGGGAAUAUAGGUAUGUAUAUCAUACCUGCAGACCCUAGGCUCCAUGACAUUAAUCUACCUUUCUAGACUUGUGCCUCCCUAUUGUUCUUAAUAUAUUAAUUACUCCUGGUAACUGACUGGAUCCCCUGUGCAUUUGAGCUUUCUCAUAUAUUGUUUCUAUAGCCUUGAAUUAAAUCUCUUUGGUGUAUUCAUAUGUCAAAAUCCUAAGUUCCUUUUAUGUCAGGUAUUGCAAACUUGAAUGUCUGCAGGGGCUCACCAUGUUAACAUAAAUGAAUGAAGUGGAUUUAAGGGGAGAUCGUGGAGCAUAGGAAGGCACUGCACUGUUUCAGAGGGCCUAACAGCUCUUUGGCAUGAGGCAGUUAUUAUGCUGUCAAAUGUGGGCCUACUGUUGCCAGAACUUUGAAUUUUACAGGAGAAAUUGGAAACUUGUUAACAAUUCAUUUUUUUUUUUUUUUAAGUUUAAACACUCUACAGACUAAGUUAAAACAUCUGUAGUCUUGAUUUGGCACUCAGUUUCCCAGUUUGUAACCAUUGCUCUAGGCUUAUCUCAGAUCAUUUGUUUAUGGAUCAUACUCCCUGAUUCAUACAGACAACUUUCUGUUCUUUUAGAACUUUUUUAUGCACUUCAGUUAUAGUGCUGUUUUCCAUCUGUAUAUAUACCUAAAGUGUGUGUGUGUGUGUGAGAGAGAGAGAGAGACAGAGACAGAGCGCGCGCGUGUGUGCGCUUGAUUUAUUCCCUGGUGAUUUUUGGUUAACCUGGGAAAUUAAUAUCUGCUCUUUGUAGAAGGAGCAAUAUUAUCUUGGCUUUAAUUGCCAAAGAGCUCUACUUCUGGAAGGAAUUGAAUUGGGUAACAUUGCUAUUCAAAAACUGAUCUGACAAAAAUGUUAUCUGAUGGCUUAAAUAAUCUCUGGAAAAAAAUUGAAUUGGGAAUGAUUAAUAGGAGUUUUGAAGGACAUUCAGUAAAUGGAAAAAUUGACAACUGGGACCUCAUCAAAACGAAAAAUUGCUCUGUGAAAAAUUCUAUAAAGAAUGAAAAGAAAAUCUACAGACUGGGAUAAAUAUAUCCACAAACCACAUAUUAGACAGAGGACUUGAAUCUGGAAUACAUAAAGAACUUUCAACUGUAAAUCUAAUUAGAAAACCAAAUCUAAUUAGAAAAUGAGCAAAAGAUAGAAAUAGAUAUUUUACUGAAGAAGCUAUUCAGGUGAUGUUCUAAUCAUGUCGGAUAAAGAUGAUAUUGAGAGUCAAGUGAUAACUGAAGCAACCCUGGUUCUUGAAGAAGGAAACUAUGAGCCAGCCAAGAAUACUGAGUCUGUUGACCAAAGUGCUAAGCCAGAUAGUAAAUCUGAACCUGUAGUGUCCACUCGGAAAAGGCCAGAGGUCAAAUCUUCUAGUGAUCUUGAAACUUCAGAAGUUCUCCCUGUUCAGGAGCCUGUUUCCAAAGAUGUACCCCAGACUGGAUGGGGUUAUUGGGGAAGUUGGGGAAAGUCCUUACUUUCUUCAGCCUCAGCUACAGUAGCCACAGUAGGACAAGGUAUUUCAAAUGUCAUCGAGAAGGCAGAGACUUCUCUCGGGAUCCCUAGUCCCAGUGAAAUUUCAGCUGAAGUCAAGUUUGCAGCAGGAGAGACAAAUGCCAAAGAGAAUGAAAGCUCCUCCCCAGUCAUGGGGCCAUUUGGUGUAUUCUCGACCAUUUCUACAGCUGUUCAGAGCACAGGAAAGAGUGUUAUCAGUGGGGGUUUGGAUGCCUUAGAAUUCAUUGGAAAAAAGACAAUGGAUGUAAUAGCAGAAGGGGAUCCUGGAUUUAAAAGAACCAAGGGUCUGAUGAAUCGGAAUUCUACACUGUCUCAGGUCUUAAGAGAGGCAAAGGAGAAAGAAGAGCUGUGGACCUCCAAUGAGGUUACCAUGGAAACUGACAAGAAAACUCAUUAUGGGCUACUCUUUGAUGAAUUUCAAGGCCUUUCACACCUAGAAGCUCUGGAGAUGCUUUCCCGAGAAAGUGAAAUAAAGGUGAAAUCUAUCCUUAAUUCUUUAAGUGGAGAAGAAUUAGAGGCACUAAAGUUUGAAUUAGAGCAACUCAAAGAAGCAUUUUCCCUGGCAGAGUUUUGUGAAGAAGAGGAAGAAGAGAAAAAAGGGGAUGAAGAUUUUACCAAAGAGGUAACAGAGCUGUUUUCUCAAAUGCACGUCUCCUCCAAACCAGAGAAACUUGCCAGGGGUUUGUCCUUGCCUUUUCCUAGACCUUCUUCCACAGCAAGAAGUACUGCCUACGAAUGGAUCAGGGCAUUUCCGACCACACCAUUAGCAAAGAAAGAAGAAGAAGAAAAACAGUCAGAGACAGAAAAUACGGAAGAAGUCAAUAAAAAUUCAAUAGAGGAUAUCCAUGCAUUUGCAAUUCGAAGCCUAGCAGAAUUGACUGCCUGCUCUAUUGAACUAUUUCACAAAACAGCAGCGUUAGUUCUGCAUGGUGGGAAGCAGGAAGUGACAGCCAUAGAAAGGAGCCAGACUCUUUCCCAGAUGACAAUUGUAUUGUGUAAAGAGUUGUCCUGUCUGUCUAAAGAGUUUACCACCUGCCUAACAACUGCUGGGAUUAAAGAAAAGGCAGAUGUCCUGAAUCCAUUAAUCACUGCAGUCUUUCUAGAGGCAUCAAAUAGUGCCUCUUACAUCCAGGAUGCCUUUCAGCUACUCUUACCUGUGCUGCAAAUCUCUCUCAUUGAGAACAGGACGGAAUUACCCAGGCAGGAGCUACAAGUCCAGAGGCCUUUGCCAGAACAUUGAAGAAUAGAGAAGAUUUGACCUGAGAUUUGUGAUGGCUAAGAAGUGCCACUUUCUUCAGGGUACCCCUGCAGAAAUGAAUGAGGAAGGUUAUUUUAAUAUAUAAAAAUUCAGGCAGGAGAACAGGUUUAAAGAGGAAGUUUGUUUCUUCACUUGGCUGAAGUAUUCAAAUCCUCACACUAUUCCCAGUUAUUGACAUAUUAUUUGAAAAAACACUUUGUGGAAAGUCCAAGAAUAUAAGCUCUAGGUAAAGUUUUAGUGGGACACUCAGGCAAAAAUAUUGAUCUAUUUUUGACAUGCUGCAAAACACUAAAAAUUUUCUCAUGGAUAUAAUCUGUAGCCCAUGGAUAAAAUUGUUGUAAAAAACAGGAGGAAAAAUCCCUUAAUUUGGCAUUCUAGAAUUUAUGACAUACUUGGUUUAUUAAUGCCAUGUACUUUCUCCUUUCUAGAAUAAAAUCUAUGGCUUUAAGAAAACUGAGCAUAUAUAAACUCUAAAAUGAUUACCCUGUAUCAUGUGAUUCUUGGAAAUGGCUAGGAAGUUUCAUUUACUCUUUAAUUCUCAGUAGAUAUUUGACAUUGAGGAGAAACUUGCAGUAUUAUACUUUUUCAGGCAAAUGAACAAAGUAUAACAGAUUCCCCUUUGGCUUUAAAUGACUCCUGUAUCCCUUGAUGACAAGCUUCAAGUCAUAGGUGAUUCUCUCCUCAACUGUAUUUAAGACCAAUAAGUGCAAUUUAGAGAAACAGUUUCAUAUUUUAGAUAUUCUUUUUAAGUUGUUUUUCAUGCAUACCCCAUAAGCAGGACAAAUUCUGUCACAACCAACCCUAAAUGAGUGUUGAGGCUCUUUUGUUAGUAGGGUUUUUGUUGUUUGAAUAUUGUUAAAGUAAGUCAUAGUGUCCCAUAGAAGUGAUAUUCAUUUAUAAUAAGAUUUAACCUCUAACACAUUUUUCUUCUUUGUUUUAAUUUGUUCUUUAGCAUGGUUUUAAAUACAACUUUUAUCUUCUAGAUCUUAUGCCCUCUUUCUUUCUUCAACAACCAAAAUAUAUUUUGAUAUCUAUUCUUUUUAAAAAAGGUCUCCAACUUUGUGGUUUUUAAUGAUUCAAGUAACUUUUCUGUGAGCUCUGCCCCAUCUUAUAACAUGUUUAAAAUAAAAUAUAAUUGAACUGUUCAUAAGUGUGAUAUUUCACAAAUGUCAAGAAUGAAAAUCAUCAUUUACUUUAUGUGCUAUAAUAUGUGCAUUUUCAUAGAAGGCUUAAAAAUGAAGCAUUCAGAAAUGCCGAUGUUAUAAAUAUUCAUGCCUCUUAGUUAACAUGUCAUCAAAGCCCCAGGUUAAUACAUAAGAGGAAUUCUGAAAACCUGCCCACUGACUUGCCCAUCUGCAUCCUGAUGCCUCCCCAAGCACCAGUCUGCUCAUUUCUCCAUUUUACUUGAGACCCCAUCCGUGCUUGUUAUUAUAUCAUCUGGCCAAAGUCCCAUCAUGUCUCAACUAUCACUUUUCUUAUCAGGAAAAUUACAACAAAGAACAGUUCAAGUAGUCUCUUAUCUCUCUUGUGUUUUGAGUUAAAGACAAAGAAAGGUACCAUGAUCACUUCACUCUCACAAAUCAAUGUUGAACUCGCCAGAUAUUUACAUUUCUGAUAGGCUUACCCUUGUACAGAGACUGCAAACUGAAUGAAAAAAACAAAAGCGAAAACCAUCAUCUGUUUCUACUUGUCAGCCUCACAUUUGUCCUUUUCCAUACAUGCUGGCCAUGGCUGUGCUCUUAAACUAAUUCUGAAGUUAAGUCGUUUUUCUAACUUGAGUGUGAAUGCAGCAAUAUACUAAAAAGUUUUAAGCACAUUUGUAAAUUGGAAUGGAGGUAGUUUGUCAUAAAGUUUUUAUCUGCCAGUUUCACCUAGGUAACUGUUGCAAUGAGCCUAUUAAUUUCAACCAAAUCAGAUUAAACCUGAAUAGCCUACAUAGGUAUUGUAAUAAAGUAUUGGACUUUGAAGUGUUUACUA